AUGGCAAAAUUAUGCCAAUUUAAGAGUAAUUGUCAAAAAGCGGGCAUAACAUCUUGUGAAGGAUGUAAUAUAAGGUAUUGCCUUGAUCAUUUAGUUGAACAUCGAAAUAUGUUGCAUAACGAUUUUCAACGAGUACUUAGCGACAGGGAUUUAUUAAGACAAGAAUUUUAUCCAUCCGACAUUGGUAACGCUAACGACAAUAAUAAAGAACUCCUUCAUCGUAUUAAUCAAUGGGAAAUGCAAAUGAUACAAAUGGUAUCAAAUGCAGCUGAAAAUGGUCGACAACAAAUUCGACAGUUAUUAAACGAAAAUCAUCAAAAAUUAUGCUCUGUUUAUGAUCAGUUAAGCGAUGAAUUACGUCAACGUUUUAAAAACGAUGACUAUUAUGAACAAGAUAUAAAAAACCUGGCUGAACGAUUAGAACAAUUGAAACUCGCAUUAACAACACCAUCAGCGAUUCAACUACAAUUGGAAAAUAUAAUUGACUUACAUAAUUCAAUAAGAAUAAUCACUUCAAAUCCAACAGUGUCAAAAAAUGUUCAAUCAAAUGAUUGUGGACUAAGAGAUCCAAAUAAAAACUUGCAAGAAGAUCGAAAUAAAACUCAAAGUUUUUUACAUAAAUCAGAAAUGUUACUAAAUCGAUUACAGCAAUUUGAAGAUAAAAAGAAUGUUCUAGAACAGACAUCAUCAACAUAUGGUAACGACAGAGAAAAAUGUAAAAAUGUUCAAGUAAUGACAUGCACACCUACAGAACAUUAUAACCUACUUUGUAGUAGAUGCAAUGUAGUUUGCGAUGAAAAGUGCAUAACAUUUCAAUCUUACUGCGCACUCACCUUUGGUAAAUGUACAAUGUGUCCAGGCAGAUGUUCAUUUAAACAUCAUUAUCAUGAUCGUAAAUCAAUUCAAUUUCGUACGGUGCGCUUAGACGAACGCUUGGAUUCAUCUAGUAUCUCGUCAGAAGGAUGUCAUACAUCACGUGACGAAACAGAAGAAGACGAGCGAACUCUUGUUGUUCAACAAUUAAAAAAUAAUACAAUGAAAUCGAAUAAGAUUAUAAAAAAUUAA